AUGUGCUUUAACGGAACGGUGGGAGGCAGGGUCACCAUACAGGAGAGAAAAGAGCAUCUUAUGUGCGUGGUGGCUGUCUUUGGAAGUCAAGUGGUCUUUGGCCAGUUUAAAUGCCCUUCUAAAGGAUGUCAUGAUGACGCGGCAGGAGCGCCAUACUGCUGCUGUGAAGAGCACCAGUGCAACACUGUGUCGUUCUUUCAUUUGAAUAAUGGCUCCACCUACGUUGACCAGUACAUUGCUCAUAUUUUUAUACUUAUAAUCGUAAUCGCUAAACUGCCAAGACUUAAUGAUGCUGAAGUAAAAGAAGUCAUAGAAAGAAUUGCCAAAGACAAUCAAGAAAUUUCACAAGUCGUAUUAGACGAAGUGUAUAUGGACGCGGUACUGACCUACUCGACUGAUAACCACAUAACUUAUCGUGAAGCCAAACAUCAGGCGAAAAUAAGCGACAUGUGCGAUUCUGUACCAAUGGAGGAGAUACUGUACACGGUCAUUCGGCUUGGGCCUUGCGAGAUUGACUGGGACGUCGACAUUAUGCAUGCUAUUCUCAAGAAGGCUUACGACAUAUUAAUGGAUGAGCCAACUUUGCUUGAGUUGAGUGUCCCGAUAACUAUUUAUGGAGACAUACACGGACAAUAUAGCGACGUGUGGAGAUGGCUUCACGCUAAUGGCUGGCCCCCUACAACUCGUUGCCUUUUCUUAGGAGACUACGUUGAUCGAGGGCGACAUAGUACAGAGGUUUUGAUGUUCGUAUUAUUGUUGAAAAUUGUCAUGCCAAAAUCCGUCUAUCUUAUUCGUGGUAAUCACGAAGACGCACCAGUUAACAAAGCUUAUAAUUUCCAAAGCGAAGUGCACACACGGUUUUCUAGAAGAGAGUUUCGAUCACUGUACAGAAAAAUUCGAAAAGUGUUUUGUGCAAUGCCCAUUGCUUGCAUAAUAAGCGAGCAGAUAAUAUGCAUGCAUGGAGGACUUUCUCCAAAACUCCAUACAGUGGCCGAAAUAGCUGCGAUGCAGAAACCGAUUGUUACCGGAAACAAGAACGACACACACAUUGACAUAUUGUGGUCAGAUCCGCACGUCGACGUAUUGAUGUUUGGGCCGAAUUUCUACCGCGAUCCUGCUGGUGUUGGGGUGGGUCAUGUAUUUGGACCAAUUCAAAUCAAUAAAUUUGUGAAAAGAAACAAUCUGUCUCUCAUUGUUCGCGCCCAUCAACCGCCAAUAACAGGCUACGAAAGGAUAGGAAAGCAUCUGUUAACGAUUUUCUCUACUGCAGGCUAUCGGGUGGAGAAAGGCAUUGGAAAUAUGGGAGCGUCGCUUGUCAUAGAUGAAAAUGGUGGGAUGACUGUCGUACGAUUUCAAGUGGGCGAGCAGCUGAAAAUGAAACGUCAACGUUAUAAAAUGGAUAAGGGAGACAGAUAUCGUGAUUGCGGCAAACCGAAGUUGAAGAAGAAUGUAGAUGUUGAUGAUAGAUAUGAUUGA